UAACCUUGGUUAUGACCAUCUUAGAGCAUCCACUGAGAAGAAUUCAUGGCCACAGACUGCUUACCAUUGCACAUAUACUAACUACUCAAGAGGCGUUGAUUUUAAAUAUAAAUCUUCUUUUAUUACUGAAUAUGGAGGUACUUUUUACUGGGGAUGCUAUUCUGGGGACUGCGGUUAUGAGAUAAAUCAUUUCUAUCAACCUGUGGAUAACAGAACCUUGUACCCCAGCCGCUGGUACCAAUAUGAAGGUCAUGUAAGGAGACGUGUGGACAACGAUAAACCCUUCCGACUCUUGGAAAGUAGUUGUUGUUGGGUUCCAAAUAAUCGUUAUGAAGGUGGGUGGCAACUGAGCACCUCUGUGGAUUUAGGAACCAGAUCUGAUACUCAGAUGCCUAACAGCUCACCUGUGACUACUAUCAUGCCCAUUAUAAGGAUUCCUCAGAAUUGUGCAACCACCAUUACAUUAUUAGGACAUGACCCAGAUGGAGACCUCGUGUCAUGCCGACAUGGAUAUUACUAUGGAGAGUGCUCAUUUUGUUCCCGGGACUUUCAAAUAGAUCAUAACAAAUGUACCAUAUCUAUUCCAUCACGAAUAAACACUGGAUCCUAUGUAGUGGAAUUAAUACUUGAAGACUUUCCAAAGAACAACAUUUACCUCACAUACAAUGAUGGUACAAGAGUUUUCAAAUACAGACCCUUAAAUCGUAAAAGUCGAGAACUACCAGAGGAUUACCAAAAAUAUUACUGGUAUGAUACUACAUUAUCAGAAACUGUUAAUGAAGAUACUUUGUUUAUAACAGAAUUGGUCACAGAAUUAGAGCCAGCUACUGAUUUUACCGCAGAAACGACUACUGCGGCAGAGAGCUCAACUUUUACAGAACCUUCUUCAGACAGUGAAACCGCUCACCAUUAUUAUACUUCACAAGAAAGCACUGUGGAGUCUGCCAAUAUACAAGAGUACAUUACCAGUGAAGCCCUAGAAGAACUUCAGCCUACCUCACAUUAUGAAGAUGUAACAGCACUUGUCACCCCCAGUGAACCUACAGAAACUCAGACUCCUCAAGUUCUGACUACCCUACAUUAUUCUACUAUGGACAAAGAAACUCUUCCAGAAGCUCAGACUACCCUUGAUUAUUAUACUACGGACACAGAAACUCCAGGCAUUCAAUAUACCCUACAAUAUGACACUACUGAGUCUGAUGUAACAUAUCCAGAUGAUGCAACUACACUAGCUGUGACUGAUCCUUUUACAGCUAUGAGAGAGACUACGCAACACAUUUUGACCGAGGCUGUGACAUUUCCAUAUGAAACAACAGAAUGGGAUUUUUACCCAACUUCAGAUUCAUAUAUUUACAUGGAUUCCCUGAGCAGAAUUUCUCUGCAGUUUUUAGUGGAAGUUACAAGUGCAGCUCCCUCCUGUACACUUGGUAAUUACAGACCAAAAUUUAUUUCACCUACUCCACAUCAAGGUGAGAAGCUGCUGACCAAUGUAGGAAGUGUAUUCCAGCUCCAUCUAUCGGCUCAAGCAGCAUAUACAAGUGUCUCAGAUUUCAAAGUCAGCGGUCCACCUGGAAUGACCAAAUCAUUUACCAGCAAAUCUCGGUCUACUACAAAGAGCAUGGUGGUAGAAUGGACCCCAUCAAAAAAUAAUGUGGGAGACCAUGUACCGGUCUGUUUUAUAGCAGAAACUUCAAAUGGGUAUCAGUCUGAAAUGCGUUGUGUCAUUGUAGUGGUGGGUCCCAGCAGUUUAGAUAACAUUGAAUUGAUAUGCCAUGAGAACACUAUGACUUUAAUAGCGGCCAAGUCAUCUGAUCAUGAACUUUAUGAAAACCAGUUCCGCCUCAAUGAUCCAAAAUGUCUGGUUAGCUUCAACAGCACCCAUCUCAUAGCCAGUGUAGCCUACAACACCUGUGGAACUGAGACUGAGGAAACAGAACAUGAUAUUGUGUUUAAAAAUCAGGCAACGUCCUUCAGCAACAGAUUCAGUGUCAUUACCAGGAAACAUGGGGUGUCCAUCCCCUUUAACUGCUCCUUUCCUAAAAAGAACCGUGUAUCUGCUUCCUUUCUUGCCCACAAAUCAGAUUAUGUGUUUGCAGAGGCUGGAUUUGGUAACUUCACCUAUAAAUUCCAAUUCUAUACAGAUGAUCGCUUUGCAGAGGUAGAGACCCAGUAUCCUCUGGAGGUGACACUAAAAGAAUUACUCUAUAUGGAGAUUCAAGUUUCUUCUUCAGUCCCUAAUGUCCAGUUAUUUGUGGAGUCUUGCAAAGCCACACCACAUGAUAAUCCCAAUGAUCCUACAUUUUACGACAUCAUACAAAAUGGAUGCAUCAGUGAUGAAACUUUAGUGGUUUUUUCAUCAACAAGGACUCAAUACAGAUUUGGAAUGGAGGCUUUUGCAUUUAUGGGAAAUUAUGAUGAGGUUUAUUUGAGUUGCACAGUUAUCUUAUGUAAGUUUGGAGCUCCAGGUACUCGCUGCAUCAAGCAAUGUAUUCCAAAAUCAUUGGGUGACUCCAAUAGACACAGGAGAUCAGUAGACUCAGAGUCUCAGCAGCACUUCAUCUCCCAGGGUCCCCUCAAAAUGAAAAGACAAUCUCCCAGUAAUGCAGGAGAAGCAUCUUCUCUGAAUGUGAACGCCCUGGUGAUUUCUCUAUUAGGAGUGGUCAUUAUUGUAUUGGUUGGAUCCAUUUUCCACAUACAUGUAAGAAGAGGCAGGCUCCCUGGUUAUGAGUUAUUAAAGACUCAAGAUUUUUGAAUCAAAUUUUCCAAGAACACUAAAAUUUUCAACUUCUAAUUUCAAAGUAAUACAAGUAAAUAAAAAUAAAUUCAUUACUAUUAUUUUACAGUCAAAAAUAUAUUACAUUUUAGAGCUUUGGAGUUUAUACUACUGGUACUGCGAAUUGAAGAUUAUUUUAGCCAAUAAUUUAGAAUUUUGGUGUCCUAUGAUAAGAAUUGUAUCUAAUGUUUUAAAGUCUUACCACAUAAGAUUGUCUCUGAGAUGUUCCUACACCUUGAUUGGAGUCACCUGUGGUAAAUUUAUUUGGAAAGAAACACCCCUGUCUGUAAAAGAUCUCACAGCAGACAGUAAUAUCAGAGCAUAAUCCAAGCCAUGAGGUAGAAUGCAGUGACUGUAGAGCAGGGUUGUGUGGAGGUCUAAAAAGUAUCCCAAAACAUUUCUGCUGCACUAAAUGGA